CGCCAUGGCCGCGGGGCAGGAGGAGGAGGCGGCCCCGGCGCCCCCCGCCCCGCCGCGCUCCGGGCCCCGCCGCCCGCCUGAGGCCGCCGAGGAGCAGCGGAGCUCGCCUCGCCUCGCCGUGAGCCGCUGAACCCUGUUGCUGCCCGCAAAGGCCAUGGAGAAGAGGCUGGGAGCCAAGAUCAGCAUCAGCGCUCUGUUUCUGUCGCGAUAUUGCCUGGAAAGACCUGCAAGGGAGCUGAGAAGUCUGCAGCUGUUCUACCUGUGUGCUUGCCUGUGUGCCUUGUGCUCCUCGACAGAUGCAAACUGGACCAGAUCUAAGUGUGAACCAGGGACGAUCCUGCUCGGUGGACAUUUGAGAUCGUGGGAGGAUCAUCACUUACAGCUUCUGGAAGGAUUUCAUACUGUACAGUCCUGUCAGACUGCUUGCUGCCAGCGCCCCACCUGUGAUGCCUUUUGGUUCUUGGAAAAUAUGUGCAUCCAGGUGAACUGCACUCUGCCUGCCAUGUGUCAGGCGAACAGGACUGGCUCUCCUGAUUCCAUUUUGGUGUUUUUAAAGAAAUCCAAAAGCACAGAGCACUUAAAGCUUCAGACGGGAAGCGAGGCAAAGACCUGGCUUCGCAGGUGGUUGGACUGGGGCAUCCCUGUCCAAGGGAAAAAAAGACUGCGGAGGUCCUUCCAGAAAUGGAGCCUGGCAAAUAACAGGGAGGAACUCCUGCAAGGGGACGUAGCAGCAAGCCCCAGUGGUGAGGCUGCAGCCAGAGCAUCACACAGCAGAUCUAGAAACAGCCGAAGUGAAACGGAGCGCUUGAAGGAUCAAGUACUGAGGUACUUAGUGGAGGACAGGCCUGGUCCUGAAACCCAUCCAAAUCAAAAGAAAGACUCACUGAAACGUGGGCAGGAUCCAGACGAUGAGAAAACCAAAAGCCCGUUCCCUCCUAAAAGCAAUGUUGUGAACGGAUCGAGUGAUGCAGACAGUGUUGGCUUGCCACAGACCUACACAGGAACACCCGCACCAGAACUGUCAGCGUUGACUACUUUCUCCAGUCCCGUAGCACUGAGUUUGACAGCCACUGGAAAGACCGAGAAGCCUGAGCAGCCAGAUGAUGCUUUCAUCCAUCCCCACUCCUCAGAUACGCUGCCCACCAUCAGCCCUGUGCAGGGGAAAAGCACAACGAAGCUGCAGACUGCUACUUCUGUGCCAAGCAGUGUUCCCACAAACACGAGUGCUUCUACGGUCCAGACCAACACUGCUGCAUCACCCAGUACUACUGCCACUACCCCAGUUGUGAAGGAGCUGGUGGUUUCUGCUGGAGACAGCGUCGAAGUGACCCUGCCAGAGAAUGAAGUUCAGCUGAAUGCGUUUGUGCUUCCUGAACCACCACCUCGAACCACUUAUUCCUACGAGUGGGAACUGAUUACUCAUCCGAAAGACUACAGUGGAGAAAUGGAAGGGAAGCACUCCCAGACCCUGAAGUUAUCUAAGCUUACUGUUGGUCUGUAUGAAUUCAAAGUUGUCGUUGAUGGCGAAAAUGCACACGGAGAAGGUUAUGUGAACGUGACAGUGAAUCCAAAGCCUCGGGUGAAUCGGCCUCCAGUUGCCAUCGUCUCUCCACAGUUCCAGGAAAUUUCACUGCCAACCAUUUCAACUGUUAUUGAUGGCAGCCAAAGCACUGAUGAUGAUAAAAUUGUCAGUUACCACUGGGAAGAACUGAAGGGUCCUUUGCGGGAGGAAAAGGUUUCUAGCGAUACUGCCAUACUGACACUGACCAACCUGGUUCCUGGGAAUUACACGUUCAGUCUAACAGUAGUGGACUCAGAUGGUGCCAGCAACUCUACCACUGCCAACCUGACUGUGAACAAAGCAGUGGAUUAUCCUCCAGUGGCGAAUGCAGGCCCAAACCAAGUGAUCACCCUGCCUCAGAAUUCCAUCACCCUCUAUGGGAAUCAGAGCACCGAUGAUCACAGCAUUGUCAGCUACGAGUGGCUGCUCAGCCCUAACAGCAAAGGGAAGGUGAUGGAGAUGCAGGGGGUGAGGACACCAGUCUUACAGCUCUCUGCAAUGCAAGAAGGUGAUUACACUUACCAGCUAAUAGUGACUGAUUCUGCUGGGCACCAGUCCACUGCAGAGGUCACUGUGAUAGUCCAGCCAGAGAACAAUAAGCCUCCAAAGGCGGAUGCUGGUCCAGAUAAAGAAUUAACUCUGCCUGUGGACAGCACCACUCUAGAUGGCAGCAAGAGCUCAGAUGACCAGAAAAUAGUCUCCUUUCUUUGGGAAAAAACACGGGGCCCAGAUGGUGUCAAGCUGGAGAAUGCAAACAGCAGCAUUGCCACUGUAACAGGCCUUCAAGUUGGGACGUAUGAGUUUACUCUGACAGUUAAAGAUGAGAGGAACUUGCAGAGCCAAAGCUCGGUCAACGUUAUUGUCAAAGAAGAGAUAAACAAGCCACCUGUUGCAAAGAUUGCGGGAAAUGUUGUCAUCACCUUGCCUACAAAUACAGCUGAACUGGAUGGAUCAAAAUCCUCUGAUGAUAAGGGAAUUGUCAGCUACCUGUGGACCCGGGAUGAGGGGAGCCCUGCAGCUGGGGAAGUCUUAAAUAAUUCAGACCAUCAUCCCAUCCUUCUCCUGUCCAAUCUGGUAGAAGGGACCUACACAUUCCAUCUCAGAGUAACAGAUGCCAAAGGAGAGAGUGAUGUAGAACGGACCACAGUGGAAGUCAAACCUGAUCCUAGGAAAAAUAACCUUGUGGAGAUCAUUCUGGAUGUUAACGUCAGCCAGCUGACUGAGAGGCAGAAGGGGAUGUUCAUCCGACAAAUAGGGGUUCUGCUGGGGGUCCUCGACUCAGACAUCACCGUGCAAAAGAUCCAGCCAUACACUGAGCAAAGCACGAAGAUGGUGUUUUUUGUACAGAACCAGCCUCCCCACCAGAUAUUCAAAGGACGAGAGGUAGCCUGGACACUAAAAAAUGAACUACGGAAACAGCAGUCAGACUUCCUCAUCUUCCGGGCACUAGAAAUUAACACAGUCACAUGUCAGCUGAAUUGCUCUGAGCACGGCCGCUGUGACUCCUUCACCAAGCGCUGUGUCUGCGACCCGUUCUGGAUGGAGAACCUCAUCAGGGUGCAGAUGGGGGAUGGCGAAAGCAACUGUGAGUGGAGUGUGCUGUAUGUGAUCAUUGCAUCGUUCCUCAUUGUGGUUGCCUUUGGAAUCUUAUCCUGGAUGGUGAUCUGCUGUUGCAAGAGACGAAAAGGAAAAUCCAAAAGAAAAAGCAAAUAUAAGAUUUUGGAUGCAACGGAUCAAGAAAGCCUGGAGUUAAAACCAAAUCCCAAAGCAGGUGGCAGACAGAAAGCCCAGGUCCUCAACACUAGCCUGAUGCACUCCGAGUCUGAACUGGACAGCGAUGAAGCCAUCUUCACGUGGCCUGACCGUGAGAAAGGGAAGCUGCUCCGUAGCCAGAACGGCUCCUUGCGCAAUGGACAAGUGACACUAAAACCCAAGAACCAGAGGGAGGAAAUCCUAUAGCUCCCUUUAGGUGGCCUUUUGCUGGAGCUCAGUGGGAAAGAGAAGGCCACUCCCGUCCCUAUUCUGCAAGGGCCUUUGGAGGCCAGUUUGGUUAGGACAACAGCUGCUAACUUGUUUCACAGAAAAUAACUCUGUUUUUGCGGGUUUCUUUUCAUUCAGUUAAAACUGGUUGUACUUGAAUUUGAACUCCAAGGGAAAUCAAAGGGAGAAGACAACUGUGAACCGCAGAUGAAGCGUCAGAAAAGACAGAGCUGGCAUCUGGAGCGCGGCAGGACAGAACCACUUGGAGCAACUGUGAAUGUGCAGGACCCUCCUCGCCCACCUCAGACUGCAGCAGGGAGACACCUGUGGACUUCCAGGUCACCUGCCUUGGAAGCUCUUUGAAGAAGGAAGGUCAAGGCUGUGCUCUGAGCUCCCUCCCGGCUCCAAUAGCCCGCCACAAACUACUCCUGCUGUCAGACAGUUCUGUUUUCUUUUACUCCCACCUUCCCUAAUGGUUUAAGCACUAUUUUAAUUUAGAUUUGUCCUUUCACAUACACUGGCUGCUUUUGGAGCGUAGAGUAGGAGGAACCUAAACGCUAUGGUCACAAUCCAUCAGCUUGCAGUAGGGGAGAGGGUUUUGUAGCCGUUCUAAAUAACUGUUAGGCUUUUCUCCCUGGGAGUGUUGACGCAGUGGCUGUUCAGAGGUGGAAAAGCUGACCUGCCUGUGGUAAUUAGCUAGGCUGGGAGCCCCCCUCCUGCAGCAAGCUGUCCUGGUGGAUACCAGAGCAGGGGUGGGACACUCGCCUUUGGUACACUUGCUUAAUGGCUGACUUAAUCCCAAAGCCAUGAGGUGUAGUUCAGCAGCAUUUUCUGUUGGUCCCUAAGCCCUCCAUGAGUCUGGACAACAACUGUAUCCCAGUUAUGAAAUGCCAUGCAGGGUUUUUUUUUCCUUAAAACUUGCACAACCCAGGCAAACGGGGUUUGGUGUCUUCAGUUCCAAGCAGCUGGCUCUUCCCUCUGGCUGGCAGCUUAGUGGCCUCGUGUCACUACAGCUGCACAGCCCUGUGUGCUCCCGGUACAGCGCGCAGUGCAUUUGGUGUCCUGUACUCAGUGGAAAAGGGAAUUCUCAGUACCCAGGGGCACCGCACGGUGAGUGUCAGCAGCCGGGGGCUGUAUUUCUCUGCUGCUUGAACUCUGGGAAAGGCCUUGCUGGGAGCCAGGUGUCGGUGGUCCUUUCCCAUACCUGCUUCUUUAUCUCACUGUGCUGCUUUCAUGAGUUGCACCCCUGUCCUCGGGCAGAAAUCAACCUCUUACUGGCAUGAAGGAUGCCGCUGCUCCUCCACGGAUGGGUGGGCAGUUUAUUGCCUUUCUUUGUGUUUAAUUUAAAAACUGGAAACUCAUUUCAUUGGCUUUUUUUUUUUUUUUGAGCUAUGAAAGCCAAAAGGCUUUAACUUCCUCAGUUGUAUUUAUAUUGCUGCACUACUGAUUUGUGUUGAGCAAGAUGAAGAUUAAACACUAUUGAACGCGAGGGAACGUCCCCUCGCUGAAUGUAGUCGUGGCUGCUGCUAAGUUUAUUUUGCUGGGCAAUCAGCUCUCCUCAGGCACCAGAGCUGGAGCCAGGCACUCUCCCGAGGAGUCCCGAGUGGGGCAACAGCCUCGUGCCCUCUUGCCUGCACCGGGACGGGGUUUGCCUCCUGCUUGCCUGCGUCACAGCCGAGGCCACCCUCUGGUUUGUGUCUCUCUGGCAUGCAGCACCAAGCAUUCCCUGCCCGGGCUGCUCCUCCUGCACCCGCUCUCACAACUGCUCCUUCCCCAGGAGCCUGCCCCAGACCACACACGGGGAUGUCCUGAGAGCAGGACGCUGCUCUCCUUGCUGUGCUUUGAAGGGUCGCAGCCCAGUGCUUGGCUGGAGCCCUCGCUGCCAGCCCGCUCCCGGCCAAACACUCAACCCUUGGGUGACGCCACCCUCUGAGGCAUCGCCCUGCGUUUGGACAUGAGACGAGCAGGCUGCAAGAAAACGAGGUUGGGAGGCUGCAGGGAUUAACCAGAUGUGGUCCUGGGACCGUGCCUGAAAUCUCUCCAUGCCGUUGGACUCGGCUGUUUCUGGGGCACGUGCGUCUCACGUCUCUUGCUCCUGUCUGUCCCGGGGAAAUCCCCUCUGCAGGGAGCCAGCGCUGCUUGCAGUGGUUCGGGCGUUCCGUGCUGCAGAGAUCAGAAACCCUCGCAGGAGAUGCAGCGCGUGCAUUCAAGCAAGCCUGGCUUCCUAUUACGGAAGAGGGAAGAAUUAAAGGCUGUGCAGCUGCUACUCGCCAGCACCUUUGUUUAGCCGAGGUUGGCUUUGUUCUCACACUGCACCGUGCGGAGACACCUUCGGGUUGAGGAGCUUUAGGCAGCUGCCAGCACCACCCCGUGCAGGAGAGCCCUCGUCUGCCUCCGUGAAGGUUUUGCAGUGGGCUGUGGCAUCCCCUCUGCCCCGAGCCCUUUGGUUAGGACAGGCUUCCUCCCUCCUUAACCAUUUGUCACCACCAAGUGCAGGCUGGUGACGGGGCACUGCCCGAGCUCCCCUUUAUAAUUCUGGCUCGGUGCCACCCCUCCCCGAGCCCUCUUCCCCUUGUUAACCCCUGGUGCUUCUGAGCAUCCCUCUGCAGCACCACGAGGACUUGCAGAGGACGAGGGGGGACCCUCCGGAGCUGCAGGCAGCAACUUCUGGCACGGGAGACGGGGCAGGCUGCUUCGGUGCCCCAUUAACGCAGCCCUUCCAAGGUGUGCACACGUAAAGCAAACGUGUUCAAAACCCUUCGCCCCCGUAGCAUCACCGAUCUCAUCGCUCAUUUGUUACCCAAGCACCGUGGUCCCGCUCUGACCUUGCACGGGGAAGGUUUCUGCAUUGCUAUGCAUUUUGAUUUCACAAUUAGAGACGCUGGCUACAAGUCACCCAUGUGUGGAAGUUAAAAGCUGAGACAUCUGUUAGAUGAACCGGCAGAGUCGCUUGAUUUUAUUUUCUUCUUUAACACGAAUGAACUUCAAACACUUGCGAAGAUGUUUGAGGCAAACGUCGCGAUCUAGUUUUAAAAUAGUUUGCUCUUAAAUCUUUUCUUCAUUCCUCCGCGUAGCGGCGGGCUGCCCAACCUGUCUGAACUUUGGUUUAACGGCGUUUGAUUGCAGCGUUACUUGGAUCAAGACUAAAAGUACCUUUUUUUAAACAAAACGUUUCUUGCAAAUAAACGGGGAAGAUGUUUU